AUGGAGCAGCCCUGGGGGAGGCUGAUCCGCCUGGGCGCGGCGGAGGGCGAGCCCCCGGUGCUGCUGCGGAAGAAGGAGUGCACCGUCGGGCGCAGGAAAGGUUGUGACCUUUCAUUUCCUGGAAACAAAUUGGUGUCUGGAGAUCACUGUAAAAUAGUGGUGGAUGAAGAAUCUGGUCAGGUUUCUCUAGAGGAUACCAGCACUAAUGGAACAGUAAUUAAUAAACUGAAGGUUGUGAAGAAGCAGUCUUAUACUUUACAGACUGGGGAUGUCAUCUACGUGGUUUACAGGAAGAACGAGCCAGAGCACAAUGUUGCAUAUCUCUAUGAAUCUUUGAAAGCAAGGCCAGGCAUUUCUCCAGAUUUCAUUGAGACUACUGUUGGAAAUGUGUGCAAAGUGACCAAAGAUACCUCAGGUUCAGAAGGAAGUGAUGAUACCCAGGUCAUGCCAUCCUUGCCCAGUGAUCAGUCUUGCUUUGAGGAACCACAGCCAUCUACAUCUACAUCAGACCUCUUUAAUCCGUCCUCUACCUCUCUCCUGAAGUCUGCUACUGCUGAGCGGGAGCAUCCUUCUAAACCUGGCGAAGGCAGGUGUGCAGGUAUCUCGCCUGAAGAUCCAUAUCAGUUUACCACAAGUGAUGACACCUCCAACUUUUUAUCAACUCCCCUGGACAGAGAGGGAACCUCAGCUUUUCUGACCAAACCUCAGGAUUGGGAGGACUUGGGGCCUGCUCAAAAGAAAAGGAAAGGAGAUGGGGACACUAAUCUGAGUCUUCAGUUGUAUGUCACAGAUCAGUGUAAAAACAGCAGAGCCAUUCCUGAGGAAGUGAAAGCAGCAAAUAUGAAACCAGACAAAAUGGAAGAAACACUCACUUGUAUUAUUUGUCAGGAAUUACUGCAUGACUGUGUGAGUCUGCAGCCCUGCAUGCACACCUUCUGUGCCGCUUGCUAUUCUGGCUGGAUGGAACGGUCUUCUCUGUGCCCCACAUGCCGGUGUCCAGUUGAACGUAUAUGCAAAAACCACAUCCUGAACAACCUUGUUGAGGCCUACCUUAUCCAGCACCCAGAAAAGUGCCGUAAUGAAGAAGACAUGCGUAGCAUGGACGCCAGGAAUAAAAUCACCCAAGACAUGCUCCAGCCCAAAGUCAGAAGGUCCUUUUCUGAUGAAGAGGGAAGUUCUGAGGACCUGCUGGAGCUGUCUGAUGUGGACAGUGAGUCCUCAGAUAUCAGCCAGCCAUACAUCGUGUGUCGACAGUGCCCCGGGUAUAGGAGGCAGGCCGUACAGCCUGUCCCCUCUCCACUGCCCUCAAGGGAAGGAGGAGCCUUCGAGGUCCCCGGGGACGCCCCGUCCACAUCUACCAGCUUUCCCAUAGCCGCCCAGGACUACGUGUGCCCCUCCCAAGGAAGUCACGCCAUAUGUACUUGCUGUUUCCAGCCCAUGCCGGACCGAAGAGCUGAGCGGGAGCAGAACCCGCACAUUGUCGCCCCACAACAGUGUGCUGUGUGCUCACAGCCCUUCUGCCACCUCUACUGGGGCUGUACUCGGACAGGCUGCUCGGGCUGCCUGGCACCAUUCUGCGAAAUAAAUCUUGGUGAAAAAUGUUUAGAUGGUGUACUAAACAACAACAACUAUGAAUCGGAUAUCCUAAAGAAUUACCUAGCAUCCAGGAACUUGACAUGGAAGAACAUGUUAAAUGAAAGUCUACUGGCUCUUCAGAGGGGUCUCUUUCUCUUGUCAGAUUACAGAAUUACUGGAAACACUGUGCUGUGUUAUUGUUGUGGCCUACGCAACUUUCGAGAGCUUACAUAUCAGUACAGACAGAAUAUCCCUGCUUCAGAAUUACCAGGGACUGUAACUUCUCGUCCUGAUUGCUAUUGGGGGCGCAACUGCCGGACUCAGGUUAAAGCACACCAUGCAAUGAAAUUCAAUCACAUUUGUGAACAAACACGCUUCAAGAACUAAGCCUUCAAGUGCUGAAAGUCUUGGAUAUUUGUAUGUCAAAACAAAAAAAUUUUUAAGACCUCAAAUACUGAACAUUAAUGUUUUCAGGGCAUUUUUUAAGUUCCCUCUUGGAGGGGAGUUGGCUAUCUCUGCAUCAGGUACUGGUGUGAUUUUUUAUUUUGUAGAGCUUUACACUUCAGUAAGAUCUUUUUAAAGUAACCUGACAAGUGAGCAUUGCAUGGUGGUGCCUGUGAGGCAUGCCAUCCUUGUAGCAGUGGUGGCAGCGGCAGCAGACUGGAAGACCCACUCAGGACGGGCAGGAAUGGCCCAAAAGACAUGAGACAUUCUGAGGCCAAGUAUUUGUCGUGUGUCGGUGUUACAACCAUUAAAUCAUUAUUGUCAAAGGAUACAAUUCACCACCACCAUCCCAAUCUGUCAAGAUGAGAGCCUCAUUUUAUUGUUUUUACCUUCACCAGAACGGUUGUUAAAUCAGGAAUCCCUUUUUACUGAGAAUUUCAUAUGGCAAAAAAAGUCAAAAA